AUGCAUCUAAAAGGAAAUCAGUUCCUUGAUACCAUCGAUAAAACAAAAACAACUCCUGAAGUGAAAAGGGCGAGAGCCAUUAUCUUUUUAUUCCACCAUAUCCACGAUGGUUUAAAAGAUGAAUAUAUCACGAAAGAAGAUCCUGCAGAUCUUUGGCAAUCACUCCAAGAUAGGUUUGAUCACCAGAAAUAUUUGAUCUUACCAAAGGCUAGACAUGACUGGUUGAACCUCCGGUUUCAAGACUAUAAGAGCGUUAGUGAGUAUAAUUCCGCUUUAUUUGGAUUCACUUAUAGGAAAAUGUUAUGUGGUGAACAGAUAAGUGAUCAUGAUAUGAUUGAGAAAACGCUCUCAACAUUUCAUCCGGGAAAUGUAGUCCUGGAACAACAGUACCGGGCAAACGGAUACAAGAAGUAUUCAGAGUUAAUGCAAGUUCUAUUGCUGGCAGAACAAAAUAAGCAGGUCGUGAUUUUAAACCAUCAAACUCGUCCAACUGGAUCAACUCCAUUCCCAGAAGUGAAAGUUGCAUCGUCAAGCCAUGAAAAUUGGCAAAGUGGACGUGGACACGGUCGAGGAAAUGAUCGUGGUCGUGGACGAGGUUUUGGACGUGGCCGAGGACGUGGACGAGGAAGAAGAUUCCGUCCUGAUGAUUUCAACGAUGGAAGAAAUAACAAAAAGUUCAAGGUAAUGAAGUUGGUAGCAAGAAACAUGAGAAUGCUUGCUACAGAUGCGGCAAGAAAGGACAUUGGUCAUGUAUCUGUCGUACGCCAAAACAUUUAG